AUGCUAGCGAUAGCCCCCCUCAGCAACCUGUCUUCUCUGACUCAGAAAUCAAGGAGCAACAUUGUUGUGGGAUGCACCGCUGCUGUGGUCUCUUCGGCGUGCCAGUCUGUCGGACUUAUUCUCCAACGGAAGUCUCACAUAGUGUCGCAGAAUUCAAACUCUAACCAUGUGCAGCCACCGUCCUACAACCGAUCGUUGUGGCACAUCGGCUUGUUCCUUUUUCUUUUUGCAAACAUCUUCGGCUCAUCCAUCCAGAUCACAUCGUUGCCGUUAAUUGUGCUCAGCCCAUUGCAGUCAAUCGGGUUAGUGUUCAACACCAUCUUCCACACAGUGAUGCUCCACGAGCCGUUCACACCAUGGUCCCUCUACGGAACGGUGCUAAUCAGUGUCGGCGCAUUUCUCACAGCCUACUGUGGCGGGUCUUUGACCGAACCCGAAUACAGUCUCUCGCAGUUCAUCGAGUUUCUUCAGAACAUCAACUUCAUAUAUUUGGUGAUGAUUGAUAUUUUCAUAAUAAUGUGUCUCUCAGUGUCUAUCGUCCUCAUCAACAAACAGCUUUACCACAACACGCUUUCUAAGCAUUUGCGCAAGCUGGAAACCAAGUUGGGAAACAUCGAGUUCAAACUCGAUUCUUACGACGAUGCGACGUUCAUCAAUGGAACGAAUGAUUACCUCCAAAUGUGUUUCUUGCUUGUCUCCCAAAGAAUGCUCAACUGCUACAAAAACGCUUUGCAGCCAACAUUCAUCCAUCCAUCCAAUACUUUGAGGAAAGUAAAAGGUAUAUUUUAUGGUAUUAUCUCAGGCAUACUCUCAGGUUUUUCAAUCUUGUUGGCCAAAUCGAGCAUCGAAAUACUCAUUACAACUUUCAUCAACAAAAACUGGAAAUCCUUGAAUGAAUCGACCUCGUAUUUCAUUGUCUCGGUUUUCCUAUCACUAGGAAUAUCUCAGUUGUACCUUCUCAAUAAGGGUUUGAAAAAUAUAACCACCUCUGUCUUAUACCCAUUGGUGUUUUUUAUCUACAAUACAGUCACCAUCUCGAACAGUUUGGUUUUCUUCAAACAGUGGAACCAGUUGACUUAUUUUACAUUUUUCCUUCUGGUGGUCGGCCUAUCUCUCGUCAUGAUUGGCGUUUUCUUGCUCAGUAUACAAAACAUUGAGGCCUCCGAUCAACCCUUUUCCCCAAUCUCAACAGGAUCGAGUGUCCGUCAGUUUUCACCGAUCUUGAAGUCAAAGGCCAGAUAUUACGACAGCAUUGGAUCUAGGGUCGAUCAUCCAUACCGAGAUUCAAUAUCUGAGAACGAUUCAUUUGAAGAUGACAUUGUUGAUAUGACUCAUCCGGAGGAGCCAGUGAAUGAGCCAGUAACUGACACCAGUACCGCUGACAGUGGAAAUAUCCUAAGUAGUAGUAUUAGUACUAUUUCUCACCACAUGUCGCCCAAUUUUGCUACAAACAAUGACAUACUCGCUCCAUUCAUCAGAAGAACUACAGAGAACAUAAACAGUGCUGGACGGAAAGUGAGUGGGUUUUUGAAAACCUCUAUCCAGAAUACGACCAACACCUCGACUGUAAAUAACAAUACUUUGAACAGUGAGAAUUCGAACCUGUCUCAGACCUCGGAAAGUUCUUUUAAAAGACUGGAUUCACCAGGUAAUGCUAACCACGAUAUACAUGAGUAUGUUUCAUUCGACUCAUUGCGAGAGAUGGCCAACACCCCUGCCACGUAUAACAACCACCAGUCGGGCUCACGGGCGGGCUCCAUCAAAACUAUCACCGCUAAUCUAUCUAGCGACUUUGACUCUUUGCUACAAGAAAAUAACACCACUUCAAAACCGAACGAUACAACCACCGAGUCCAACAGCGCUGUCUCUCAUGGUUUAAACAUCCUACACCCGAUUCUUGGGAAGAUUAAGAAACAGACGAGUAUGCUGGAAAUACCACAGCUCUACACACCGUCCAGCUACGAGAACGAGACUAACAGUUCCAGCACCAACAACGGUACAAACAGUGCUAAUACUAGUGGUAGCAAUAACAACAACAACAACAGCUACAACUAUAACAACAGCCUGUCCAAGAUUCCAUCUUCGUACAAAUCCAUUGCCUUCUCCUUGAAAAACCUCGCCUCCUUCGAUAUCAACGAUUCGGAUAAGUCUCCAAGAACGAGGAAGAAGACAAACUCUUCGAAAAGACUCAACAUUGACGACGACUACAACCCCAACAACAACUUCAACUACUCUUUCAACAACACGUUGGAGGAGAUUCAGCAUCAAAUGAGCGAGUAUGAGUCCCCCUCCACGGGCCAUGUACCCUCUCCAAAAACGCGCAAGGCCAAGGGUGUCAAUGAAUCUUUCGAAGACACGUUCAACGAGGAGUCCUCAAACAUUUCCAACAAAUCCAACACGUCGAAUGACUCGCCGGAUUCUCCUGUUUUCACAACCAGAAUCCCGCCCAGAGCGUAUUCUGCGAAAUACAGAACCACAGACAGUAAUCUGCCGCAGCAUCAACGGACGAGAAGCCGAGAACUGCGGAGAUCCACCAUUGGGGACAUCAAUAUCCGUGCGGCAAACUACAAGGGCCGCACCCACAAGCGGAUACUAUCCUUUGAGCAGAAUGAACUACUCAACGACCUUAAAAAGUAA